GAUGGAAAAAUGGGAGUGAUAGAGAAAAGUCUUUGGAUGAAAUUGGAAGCUGUACUGUACCAAUUUAAUUCAAAAUACGAUGCCCCACUUCUUUACUGCGAUGCCAACUGAAUCAAAUUAUUGAGAGUUGAAGUCUUUGAUUUUUUCUCUUUAUCUAAUACACCAUUCUUCAAUUUUUGCUCUGCAUUAUUCUUCACAAAUAUUGCUAUCGGUGUUUUCGAUUUCUCUUUUCUUUAGUCUGCGUGUUUCUUUCUGAUGGAUUCUUCUACCGUUGCAACAGAAUCACCGACUUUCAAAUGGAGUUAUGAUGUGUUUUUGAGUUUCAGGGGAGAGGAUACUCGCACAAAUUUCACCAGUCAUCUUGAUAUGGCCUUGCGUCAAAAGGGUGUCAACGUCUUCAUAGACGACAAGCUCGAAAGGGGUGAACAAAUUUCUGAAACCCUUUUCAAAUCUAUACAAGAAGCUUUAAUUUCUAUUGUUACAUUCUCUCAAAAUUAUGCAUCUUCUUCGUGGUGUUUGGAUGAAUUGGUGAAAAUAAUUGAGUGUAAGAAAUCCAAGGGCCAGAUUGUUUUGCCAAUUUUCUAUAAGGUGGAUCCAUUGGAUAUACGAAAACAGACUGGUCGUUUCAGAGAAGCAUUGGUCAAACAUAUGCCAAAGUUCCAAACAAAGACCCAAAUUUGGAGGGAAGCUUUAACUACUAUGGCUAACUUGUCUGGUUGGGAUCUAGGAACUAGGAAGGAGGCUGAUCUUAUUGGAGAUGUUAAAAAAGUGUUGUCUACAUUAAAUCGCACUUGCAUGUCCUUAUAUGUAGCUAAGUUUCCGGUUGGAAUUGAUUCUAAAUUAGAAUAUAUGAAGCUUCGUUCAAAUAAUCUUUUGGAAAAAAGCAACAAAUUCCAUAAUCGGACACAACAUGAGCAUGAGUCUGAUACUGGUGUUUACAUGGUGGGGAUAUAUGGCAUUGGAGGUAUUGGUAAGACAACUUUGGCUAAAGCUUUAUACAACAAAAUUGCUAGCCAAUUUGAAGGUUGUUGCUUUCUAUCAAAUGUUAGAGAAGCUUCAAAGCGAUUCAAUGGCCUUGCUCAACUACAAGAAAGCCUACUCUAUGAGAUCCUAAUGGAUGAUUUGAAGGUUGUCAACCUUGAUAGAGGAAUUAACAUCAUAAGGAAUAGACUUCAUUCAAAGAAAGUUUUUAUAGUUCUCGAUGAUGUAGAUAAACUUGAGCAAUUAGAAGCAUUGGUUGGUGGGCGUGAUUGGUUUGGCCAAGGCAGUAGAAUCAUUGUGACCACAAGGAAUAAACAUUUACUUAAUAGCCAUGGCUUUGAUGAAAUGCACAAUGUUCGAGGAUUGAAUCAAGACAAAGCUAUUGAGCUUUUUAGUUGGCAUGCUUUCAAGAAAUGUUGUCCAUCAAGUAAUUGUGUGGACCUUUCAAAACGUGCUACGAGUUAUUGUAAAGGCCAUCCUUUGACUCUCGUUGUUUUGGGUUCAUUCCUUUGUACCAGAGAUCAAGGAACAGACACAAUCAAAACCAUAAAAUUGGACUUGCCUAAUCCCACAAUGCUAAAUGUGGAUUCACGAGGUUUUAGAAACUUGAAAAAUAUGAGACUGCUUAUAGUUCGAUAUGCAAUAUUUUCUUCAAAGAUUGAGUACCUACCUAAUAGCUUGAAGUGGAUUAAGUGGCAUGGAUUUGCUCAACCAUCUUUGCCUUCACGCUUGAUUAUGAAAAAUCUUGUUGGACUAGAUUUGCAGCAUAGCUUCAUCAAAAAAUUUGGGAAAAGACUUGAGGAUUGUGAAAGGUUGAAGCAUGUUGAUCUUAGCUACUCUACUUUAUUAGAGAAAAUUCCUGAUUUCUCUGCCGCAUCAAAUCUUGAAGAAUUGUAUCUUAUCAAUUGCACAAAUUUAAAAAUGAUAGAUAAGUCUGUUUUUUCUCUUCAUAAGCUUACUAUCCUAAACCUUGAUGGUUGUUCUAAACCUAAAGAGCAUCCAACAAGCUACUACAAGUUAAGGUCUCUUCAAUAUUUGAAUCUCUCGUACUGCAAAAAACUUGAGAAAAUUCCAGACUUAUCUGCAGCAUCAAACCUUAAGAGCUUGUAUCUCCAAGAAUGCACAAAUUUAAGAGGGAUUCAUGAAUCUAUUGGAUCUUUGGAUAUGCUUGUUACCAUGGACCUUAGACGAUGCACUAACCUUGACCCUACAUUGGGUGAGAUUUCAAGAGAGUUUUUGCUAAUGGGGACUGAUGUUCCAAAAUGGUUCAGCUAUAAGACUACAACAAAUUGGAUGAGUGCUAGCUUUCGUCACUAUCCAGACAUGGCACGAACUUUGGCUGCUUGUGUUAGUUUCAAAGUGAAUGGAAGUUCAUCUAAACGAGAAUAUAUGUGGUUGAUAACAACUUCUCUAGCAUGGGGAUCAAUGGAGGUGCAAGAUUGGAAUAAAGUUUUGGUCUGGUUUGAGGUUGUUGAUGCAGAUGAUGAGGUGAAAGUAAGUAUAAGACGCUGUGGCGUUCAUGUCACUGAAGAGCUCCAUGGGAUACAAACGGAUGUCAAGUGGCCAGUGGUAAAUUAUGCUGAUUUUUAUCAAGUGGAGAAAUUGCAAAAUCUGGAUAUUGAGGAUGUUCUUGUCAAACGCUUCUUUCAAGAACUCUCCUGCUUGUCAAAUUCCCAAGCAAUGUUGCAUGCAGCAAGUUAUGAUCCAGAAGCAGUGGUUGAUUCCAACAUACAACCUAUGGUAUUUCCGUUGCACCUAACAUAUAAUGGCGAUACAGUGAUACGUGGAAUGGAAGGCAUGGGGGAGACUACAGUGGCCAACUGUUUAUGCAACAAAUUUAAUUGGAUAAAGGGCCACCCUUACAGAGAAGCGUUAGAUAAUUCUACAAGCUGUUUCUUGGUCCGAGGAAGAAAGCUGCAUUACUUAUCCUACUUGUCCCCCCGUAAGCAUGGAACCAAUAUCACAACCCAUACAGUAUCCUCCAAAAGCUAUUACAUAACCUUUGAAAAUUUGGAUUAUAGAGAAUUUAGAAAUCUACGUGCAUGGGUUAAAGCACAGCGUCGUUGGAUUAGAUUUGAUGUUGGGAGUCAUGAUUUUGUAGUAAAUAAGUAUCAUUUUCUAAAUAAAAGAGUUGAUACAUCCUUAUGGUAGCAGUCAUGGGGGUUGUGGAAGCUCUUGAUCGAUGCAAAAUGUAACAGUCUGUCGAUUCUUUUUUAUGUUUUCAGAUUCGUAACAGAUGCGCGUUCGGUAGACGAUCUGAAUUCUGUUUUAAAAAAUUAUUUUUAGAUUAUGCGAUUCAAAUAGAGAAAAUUCUAAGAACAA